AUGAGUCAUUUUGAUGUUAAUAUUCUCGAGGAUGCUCUAGUACAACCUGAGAUUCCGUUAUCUUUCCCAUUGCCUUAUAAGGAUGAAGAGACUAUAAUUAAUUUGAAGGGAAAUGACAAGUUGGUUAAGAAUUUCAGUAUUAUUGGGUUAUUUUUGAAGAUGUUUAGUAAAUAUGAUUAUGAAGGAGUUUACAAGGAUAAUGAAUAUAAAUAUUCAAUCAAUAAGAAUCUGGAAAGUUUUAAUAAAGAAUUUAGAAGGUAUAUGAAUGAAAGAUUGAGUAAAACCGAUGAGAAGUUGGAUGAGAUUGUUUAUUCGUUAAUUGAUCAAGAGUUGAGGAUGAAUUUGAUCACUGCUAAGAUGUUUCCAGAAAGAUUUAAGCAAGUUAAAGAAUUUAUGAUUGAUUAUUAUCAAAAACAAAAUGAGAUUAAUAUGCCAAAAUAUCCUGACGGAUUAAAUUUUCUUAGAAUUGCAUAUUAUACUGUAAUGAAGACCAUUGGUAAGAUGUUUCCUCGAGGGAUUUGGGUUAAUAAAGAACAAUUUGAAAAACUUUACCAAAAAUAUUUAUCUAAUCCAAUGUCGAUAAUUUUUUUACCAAAUCAUCAAUCACAUAUUGAUUAUAUUAUCAUUCAUUUGAUUACGAUUAGAUUUCAUAUGUCAAUCCCAACAGUUAUUGCAGGAGAAAAUUUAAAUGUUGCAAUUUUUGGGAAAUUUUUAAAAAAUUUAGGAGCUAUAUUCAUUAAAAGAAGUUUUAAUAAUGAGUUAUAUACUGAAAGGAAUUUAGAAAAUUUAAUUGAAUUUGUAUUGAUGAAUAAAAUUCAUUUAGAAGUUUUCAUUGAAGGUACUAGAUCAAGAGAUGGGAAAUUAUUAUUACCUAAAUAUGGUAUAUUGAAAACAUUGAGUAGAAUUUAUCUUAAUCAAAGAAAUAAUAUUAAAAAUGAAGAAUUUGAUUUACUUUUCCAACCAUUGGCCAUAACUUAUGAAAGAAUUUAUGAAGCAGAUGGAUAUUUUGAUGAGUUAAUGGGUAAGGAUAAAAAGCAAGAAAGUUCGUUAAUGAUUUUGAAGAAUGGGCUUGGGAAUUUAAUUUAUGGAGUUGAUAAAGAUGAUGAAGAACAAUUAAAGCAAUUUAAAAUUGCCCAAAAUUAUGAUAAUCUGACUAAAACAUUACACGGAAGAAUAUUUGUGAUGUUGGGAGACAAUUUCAAGAUAUCCGAAUUCAUUGAGGAGCUGAAAUUUCCAAUUCAAACCAGUUUUCUUAGUGGGAAUGUUGACGAAGAAGAAGAUGGAAAUGAAGAAGGAGGAGUUAAUUUGAAGAAAUUAGGGUUUAAAAUAUUGCAUGAAGUAAAUCGGGUACAUUAUAUCCCAAGUAUAGCCAUUAUUGGAUGUUCGAUUCAACUUUAUCAUUAUUUAACCAAUUUGAAGAGAUUUCAAGUGGGAGAAGUGAUUCCGAUAUUUAGGAUGGUUAUUAAUGAAUUAUCCAAGGAAGAAACCAGUGAAAUUAAUCAAGUAGAAUUCAAAGAAUUGAAAAAUCUAAAAGAUGAAGAAAUUCAAGAGGUGAUUAGACAAGAAAUGAUGAAGUUUUUCCGAUACAUAAAAAUCAAUAAACAAGGAGAGAUUAUCAUUAAGAAUUCCAUUGAGUUAUUAUAUUAUAAGAAUUUAACGAUUCAUUUAAUCAUUCAUAAAUGUUUGGUUUGUUUUAUCUUGAAGAAUUGUCAAGAAACCAAAUGCAAUGUCAGAAUGAGCCAGUUAUAUUAUAUUUUCACUGGAUUUUUAAAACACGAUUUUUUAUUUGAUUAUAAUUAUAAUCGAAGAAAUGAAUUAGUUAAUAUUUUGAACGAAUUGAAAAGUUAUCAAAUCAUCGAUGAGAAUUUCAAAAUCAUUGAUGAAAGGUAUAUUGAAUAUAUGAUUUUAUUAAUCAAGCCAUUUAUUGAAUCAUACUUGAAUUGUGUUAAGUUUUUGGUUAUUUCAAUGGAAAAAUAUUAUCCUAGAAUUGGAGAUCAGGUUAGUGAAACCCAAUUGAUCAAUGAUGACUUGAUGAGUGCCAAUUAUCCUACCACAAAGACCUUACUCAAAAUGAUUACCAAACAAGAUGAAAACCAGCGAAUCGAGUCGAUUAAUAAACAAUAUUUAUUAAGUUGUUUAUUCUACUUGGCUAAUUUACGGUUGAUUAAAAUAUUCAAAAAUAAGCGCAAAACAAAAGCCUUUGUUAUAAUUGAAAAUUCAAGAGACUUGAAAAUCACCGAAUCGUUUUUGAAUACCUUGUUAAAUGGUCAGGGUGAUUCAAUCAGUGAGGUCAAGUUAAAUUACAUGAUUGACAUUAUCGAUAAGCAAUUCGAAAGACAUUUAGAUAGUAAACUUUAA